AAGAAGAGAAAAACGAGGGUGUCAGUCGCUGCUUCGACAAUGAUUCGCAACGCCUUGCAGCAACCAUUGUUUUGAGUGAAAAGAGGCCACGCUGAAACCGGCUGCGGCCGAGCAUUCACUCCCAGCAGCGCAGCCGCCAAUCCCGCCAUAGAAGCUCGUCUCAAUGCAAGGAAGACGAGGCGAGAGAAAAGUCGUGAUCCGGAUGCCACGCAAGCAGCAGCAGCAGCAGCCCGGGGCCACCACGGCCACCAGCGAGCGCGUGGUGAUGCCCAGAAAAAGCUUCGUGGUCGGCCUGGGGGUCACCACCGUCGUUUCGCUCAACUGUUUCUUGUGCGUGAUGGUGGCUCGCAAGGCGUUUCUGCUGCCUUCCUUCGCCGUGCAAGACGCCGAAGACGGCGAUGGGCCGGAGCAUUCGGGUGCCGCCCGCACCGGCGAAGGAGCUCACCACCGCACUGCACCCGUGUUCCAUGCGGCGGCCGCGCACCGAGCGUCUACGGCCUCGGAUGGCAGGGGGUCACGAGCAACCGCGGCUGGGCCAACCCUCUGCUCGACGACGGCUAUGUGCGAGCGCCUGGAGGCCUACCUGGGCGACACGUUGGACCGCGACAAGGACCCGUGCGACGACUUCUACGGAUACGUCUGCUCCCGUCGACGCGGCCGCGUCGAGGCACCCCUUCCUGUGCAGUCGCAGGGAUCCGGUGGUCUUCUGUACGGCAUUCAGAGGGCACUUUCUCACUACGUGGCGAGUCACGAGCAGGCCUACCAGGACUUUCCCGGCGUUUUCUUAAACAAGGCCGCGUACUUUCUGCCUAACUGCACCUCGACCUACAGCCGCAACCGGCUCGGGUGGGAGCCCUGGCAGGACGUGCUCAAAAUGGCGGACCUGCAAGACUGGCCCCACCGGCAUGGCCUGUCGCUGGGGUACUCCAGGGUGUCUGACACGGCGGCCAAGAUCGACGCACUCCUCGGGGUGUUCCCCUUCGUGCAGGUCCGUGUGAAGAGCGAAUACGAACGCUGCUGCGCGGUUCAGUUGGACGUCCCGAGCACGGUGUUCAAGCGUCACGCCCUGUGGCACGCCCGGGACCCGGCGCCCAACUACACAGACACAGUGUUCGGCGCCCUGACGCUGCUAGGGUACGUGCCAGGCAGCGAAGAGUUGGCCAGAGACGUCGCGGUGCUCGAGACGCGCCUCGAGAACGCGCUCGACCUGCGCGGUGGCCCGUCGUUCGGCGGGAACAGGCCCAGGGCCCCCGGCGAGCUCCCCGUCAGUCGCCGCAGCUGGCACUGGCGGUCGUACCUCGAGACCCUGCUCGCCGGCACCGCCAGCGACGCACGGAACGGCACGUCCAAAGGUGGCAGCAGUUCGCGUCCGGCCGUGGCCAGCGUCGAGGUGUGGGCGAGCGAGUACUUGCAGGACCUGGCCGAGGUCAUGGAGAACAGCUCGCGCACGGCUCUCUUCAACUACGUCGGCUACCGGCUCAUGGUGCACCUGUCGCCGCUGCUGCCGGACGACGCAGCGUUCUUGGUGCCGCUCAGCCACGAACAUGCGGUGCACGGUGGCUCGGAUCGCUUACAGGCGUGCGGUCGCCUCCUCGAACGACUGUUCCCGUUCGGGACGCGCACAUUCCUGCGCAUGGUUCUGAGCGCCCAGGAUCCGACGCACCGCCCGAGUCAGACGGAGGCCUUCAUGGAGGAAGCAUUCAACGACACGAGGCGCCUGCUCGCCGAGCGGGUCAUGUUCGCCCACUGGUUCAACCCCGUCGAGCGCGUCAUAGCGCGAGAGAAACUGGCCGACGCGCAGUUUGCGUUCAUGGGCGCGGUGCGAGACCUGAACGUGCCCACGGCCUACUACGACCCGAACGGGCCCUACUUCGACGGCACCCGGCUCGUGCGCAGCUACGUCGAGAUGCAGGCGCACACACGCCGCAUCUACUACAGACCGAUGACUGUGGGACGCGUGGACUGGGAUUUCGACAACAGGUACCACGUGAGCAGUCUGCGCCCGGGCUACGAAUUUGUUCAGGGUCGCAACCUGCUGUUCGUGCCGUACGGGGUGCUCGGCCUAGCGCGGGGCGCAACGGGGGAGCUGGGCGCGGCGCUCGAGCCGGCGGUGGCGCCGUUCCUGCUGCGGGGCCUGCUCGAGGCGGUGGACGAGCGCGGCGCCGGGGUCGACCACCGGCGCCGCACCCGGAACUGGUGGAGCAGGACGGCCCGCAAGAGCUUCGGUGCCGUCAAGGAGUGCUUCUUCGGCGAGUACAAGGCGGCCAUGCAGACGAUACUGGGCAAGGAUGUGGACGUUGUGCAGGACAUGAGCGCGCUAGUGGCCGAGAGCCUCCUGCUCGAGCCGCUGUACGCGCGCUACCUGCGUCGCCUGGCCAUGGACGCGGGGGCGGCUCACGAGCGCCGCAGUCCCGUGGCCGGGCACACCUUCGAGCAGCUCUUCUACGUGCUGUACGCGACGGCGCAGUGCGAGCCCCGACCGGCUAUCGAGCAGCGGCGGGUGUCGUUCGGCGAGGCGCCGGCCAGGGCGCGCGUCAACGUCGCCCUGCGCAACCACCGGCCGUUCGCCGCCGCCUUCGGCUGCCAGCGCGGUCACGACAUGCGGCCGAAGAGAACGUGUCCCAGCUGGUAGUGGCAACAUGGGGACUCGAUCGGCGGCUACGCGAACCGAAGGGGUGUCCUCGUGGAAAUCGGGUGUGCAAACUGGUGCUCUCGAUUUUUUUAAUGCUAUUUUUUAAAGGUAAUUCGCAUAUACCAGGACAGCUACGC